AUGCCCGCCAGUGGAAAGUACAACAUUGCGAAGACAUCACCUUCCAAAAGCAGACGAACAAUGGCCUCGCGCAAGUCGCGUUCGCACGGCUCCCUGUGCAGCUCCCGCUGUAGUCUCCCGCCCCAUACUCUCUGGUCCCAUUGUCAGCCGACACUUCCUCCAAUGGCGCAUCGAACACCCCGUCAGAUGAAAUCGCGUGUGUACACGAUCCGCAAGCACGAGGCCCUACAAACGAGCGAAAUCAACAUGGACGGCUGGAGGAGCGAGGUGGAUGGUAAAAUUGUGGAGAUGAUGAUCCCCAUCAAAGAGUUCCUGGCAUUCUUUGUGCCCAGCGAGGCGGCAGUGGUCCUGUCGACGACCGAGAAUCCCUUCAGGGUACCCGUGGGCGGGCUGGAGUCGACUAUGUACGAGCCUCUGUGCGUGGGACUGGAGGCGAUCGUCGCACACUUCCCAGAGAAGAAGCGUCCGUGCUUCUACAACAACGCACACGAGCCGAUCAAGUUCCCUUUCCUCCUCGCCGAGCAGGACCAGCACGCGACGAAACCGGACGUCGCGAAGAGCACGGACAAGGAGGAUCCGAUGUUAUACUGCUCGAAAGUCAACGACGAGACGCUAGUGCAGCUAUCCAAGAGCGCGCGUAACAUCCUCGUUUCUCAAAGCCGGCUGUUCGUUUUCACAGUCGGUAUCUACGGACGCCACGCACGUAUCUUUCGAUUCGACCAUGCAGGCGCUGUAUGCUCGCCGGCGUUCGAGUACGGGUCUAACAACGGCACGGUGCUUCACGAGUUCUUCUGGCGUCUCGUGCAUCCGAUUCGCAAGGAUUGUGACAUCGUCGGGGCGGAUCCAUCCGUUCGGUUCCCGUCCGAGCACCCGAGCAACGACGUGAAGGAGAAAUUGAUUUCCUGUGGUGUUGAAUUCACCAACGAAACUGUGAAGGCGUGUCGCUGGGUCACCCUCGAGGGCGCGGACCAGGGCAAGGACAAGAAGUACCUCCUCUACGAGUUGAUCUUCAUCAACCCACGCCUUUUCUCCCGAGCGACGAUGAUUUGGAAGGCUUUGGAGCUCGAUGAAAGCGGCCAACCGACUGGUCAUCACGUCGUCAUCAAGGAAGCUUGGCGCCAGCUUGCGCGGGAGUCGGAACUGACGUUCCAUGAACGAAUCCGUACGCACGUCGCGUCGCAGCCUGCGCCUCCGGCAGCGGCAGAUGAGGGAUCGGAACGCAUGGACGAGGACGCGUUCAUGGCUGCGUGGAAUGCGACAUGGUCUGGUCUUAUGGUAGUCACGCUGGGUAUCGACCUAGGAGAAGAGGAAGAACUCCACAUAGAGGAUGAGGAUCCAGUCGGACAUCGGACGCGUGCUGGGGUUCACCAAUGCCAGGGUGAACACCAAUGGUUCGAGCGGAGUCAUAUGCGCCUCGUAUCGGAUACCAUUGGCACCCCAAUCUCGCAAUUCAAGCGUACGAAAGAGAUGACGCAGGGGCUUCGAGACGCGAUUCACGGACAUCAAGUGGCGUUCGAAGCAGGCAUCAUGCACCGCGACGUUAGCGAAGGCAACGUUAUGCUCGUCAAUGGCAGGGGCUUCCUGCAUGAUUUGGACUACGGCUUCGACUGGAAGAAUUUCCUGCACAAGUUGGGCUACGAGGAUACCAUCGCGAGCUGGGAGCAAUAUGUGCUCACUGAGAAGGGUAUACCGAGGGCGGACGUCCCCGCGCCCGCUGCAGAGCCAGUGCAGCCGCACACCCAUGAAAAUAAGGGGAAGGCUGCUGAGCGACGUGCGGUCAUUAAUCGGCGGGGCGAGAAGGAGUAUUUUGUCGAGGCGAUACUCGCGGAACGGCCGACAUCCAACGGAAAGAAAUAUCUGGUGAAAUGGGCGGGUUUUGGGCAUGCGUCGAACUUGUGGCUGCCUCUCGCCAACGUUCGGAACUGUGUGGCCCUGUCACUCUGGCUGAGCCGGCCGCUCGAAGACCGCACUCGAAUGUCCAAACAACAUUCCUCUAACUACUGCGGCGACCCGGAAGAGCCUCAUGAGGGGGCCAGGCCGAACGUAGUGGUGACCGACGCAGUCCGCGCAGACGACGAAAAGACGAGGCUAGAAUGCAAGCAGCGUACAGGCACGUUCUACUUCAUGGCCAUCGAGGUGUUGAACAAGAAGAUCAUCCAUCAAGUCCGACAUGACCUUGAAUCAUUCUACUGGCUCUUGGUUUGGCUUGUUCUGAGGCAUACCAGACAUAGUCGAGGAAAUACGCACGACAUACUGAAAGCCUUGUUCGAUCUGCCCUCCGACGAAACUUGCGCCAUGGUCAAGAUAGGCUGGCUGAUGCAGAGCUUUCGGGUGCAAGACAACCAGCCUCUGAGCGAUUUACUCCGUCAAUUCGCACAGCUGUGUCGUGAAAACAUCGCCUGGGAGGGUGAGGCAACGUCUAGUCCCGUGACGUACGAGAGGGUGCUGCAAAUCUUUGAUGAUGCUCUUGAGCGCAAUGACUGGCCUGAAGACGACGAGGCGAUACCAUUCAAGCCUGCCGACGCUAGCGACGAGAAGCCAGCCCGCUUAGAGCGUCCUUGGAGCGCCUUGCAGUCAGGUCAGAUGGGCUCACAAGCCCAGCACAGCCGAGGACAACUCUCUGGUUCUCUUCGAAACACAAAUAAUGUGCCUUCGAACAGCGCAGCGCAACUACCACCGGCACAGCGCCAGCGGGGCUCAGGUGGCGGUGGGCUGCUUGCAACUCCGGAUUCUGGAUCGAGGCCAGCCAUCGCGUCAUGGGCAAGCCCACCCGUAUUUCUGCCGGGUCUGGCUUCUCCUGAGUCGCCUACGCCGUCGUCACGAAGGGGGACCUCAUCCUAUUCCGCCGCAUUGACUUUGCCUAUGCCCGUGUUUGACGGUUCAUCAGGCAAGUCCAGCGGUUCGUCGCCCGACCGUUCCGAUGGCGAACAACAGGAGCCCACGCAAGGGAGGCAGGGAUACGCGGCCAGCAGGUCUCGCAGUAGCCGGAAACGGUCCCAAGAGGACCUGAUUGGAGCCGACGAGGAUCUCGCAGUGGGUCCGUCAAAGCGUUCAAGGACCCACAGCGAGCUGCCGCGCCGUCGGCUGUCGCGCGGCCCAACUCCAGAGCGAUGAUGAACGCACUCCUCUGUACUCUAUUGUCUCUCCCGAGGACUGACUGUCUGCAUCGCUACGCUCGCAUUCUGUUACCCGUGUAGACCGUCUCGUCGCUGGAUCGCUGCUGAUGUAUCUAUAUCCACUGUCUGCUGUUGUCUCCCAUCCAUCCAUGUUUCGCUAAUUGUAUCAACGUCGGUCUGGUUUUGACUGGUCGACGUCUUGCCGCGACAUCAGAGAAGUGUUUG